AUGAUGAACGCCGCUGGGGCGGUCGCCCGCAGAAUGCCGUCGGCGGCCCGGCGGAGCGGGUGCUGGGUCGCGUGCUGCCAGGCGGUGCUGCUCGGCGCGUCGGCGCUGGUUAUCGUGGCCGAACGGACCGCUCUGAUCUACUGUGUUGGGUUUUACCUUUGGAAUGAGGAGACGCAGUGGGCGGGCCUCACGCUCGGCCUUUUUCUACCGGGCACCGCAGUUCAGCUGCUAAGUAUGAAAUGGUACUAUGAUGACGGUGAUGACAGGCGGUGCUACCUCUCUGUCAUACACAUACUGCACUUGGGCAUCUUCAAAAGGUUAUGGGACUGCAUGAGGUCUGUGUCGCGUAUGCAGGGGUCAGUAGCAGAGCUUGGAGCUGCCGUCAUGCAGCAAGCAGAUGUUGCUGCCCUUUGGUUGCUGGAGGCCCUCGUCCUCACGCUGCCACAGAGCCUGCUGCAGGCAUAUGUCGUGGUGUCCACUGAUGUGGGCAUCAUGUCGCCAGUGGCCUAUUGCUGUGGUCUGUGUGUGCUGUCUCUUUCCUGGGCCCUGGUGCUGUACAGCCGAGCCUGCUGUCUGAUACGACCGGGCCACCUGGCCAUGCCUCCGGCAGCCCUGCUGUGCCAGCUGGUGUGGAGGGCAGGCAUGCUGGGCGCAAGGGUGACUUGCCUCAUGUUCUUCGCCCGGGUCUUUAAUUGGUGGGUCUGUGGAGUAGUAGGUUUCCACUGGCUCACGGCCUCCUUCUGGCUGGUAUCACAGCAACCUGACAUCUGUACCGGUCCCUGGUGUUGGCGUGCCUUUAAUUGCAUUAUGGGGCUGGUCCAUGUCUUCCUCUUCGUCAACAUCAAAGACGGACCAUCGCGCUUUCGCAUGGCCAGUUUUUAUGCAUUCAUGUUCAUAGAGAACGCCACUCUGCUACUGGCCGCCUCCGACUUCCUCAGCGAAGCCUCUUGGGACAGCAUGACCCUUCCCACCACUGUGCUGUGUAGCUUUCUGCUUGGCGCUACCUCCCUCGUCCUAUACUACAGAUUCCUCCACCCGAAGUCAACAGAGAUCUCCCAGGGUACGAACCACAACCACAUGGGCAGCACGUGUCUCGAACGAGGGGAGUCCUCUUUCUCUCUCGGGGACAAAAGCCUGCCGGCGGCCUCCAUUCAAAACCACGGCAGCUUCUCCCUCUCAGGGGUGGCUGGUUCUCUGCUGGAGCACCCGGGAACCUGCGGGGGCCGGGCUAACAGCUCCUGUCCCUGCUACCACCACCACUGGCUCCUCAUCCGGCUGGCUCUGAAAACAGGAGACCUGGGGAAGAUCAAUCGAGCGUACGGGGCCGGCGGAGCAGCAGCCAUGCUGGAUAUGGAGGAGUACAACCAAGAGUUUAAGAGUAACGAGGGCAUGACUAUCACAGCGGGAGGCAGCUCCACGUCGGAGUCUCAGGGGAAAGGCCUGGCACCCCUCUCAGACUGCAAAGACGAGUUCCAGAGUGUGAGCGAGCCCACAUCCUCCGAACAACCCCAAGAAGAGGAUGACAGUCUGGAGAUGGAGAGCCCGAUGGAGUCGCCCACGUCGGAUUUCAAACGGAGCUCGCCAGAUUGCAAGUCUGUGUUUGGAGACAGCCCAGAGCCAUACUUUUGUCCGACAGAGUCAAGUUCAACCUUAUAUUUCAGCGCUGAUCCUCAGUCUCCCAGCAGUACCAGUAACCCCCGUUUAGACCGGGAGCUCGGAGGUCUGGAACAGGGGGUGCACCUCAACUCAAUCCCCAGUGAUCCAGCCCUUCACAGAGAUAUUCGUGGGCUCAUGAGCCGGGUGGGGCCACGCUGCACUUCCACUCCUAAAUUGGACUCCCUGUCCAGUGUGCCUCAUCUUACUGGUCCCAGGAGGCAGCUUAUAAUGUCACGGAGAGAGGAAGAGGAUACCUUCUAGGUUUCUUCACACAGAAUCAGGGAAAGAGUACACCAGCUUUUCGGAAGGCUGCUUUUUCAUCUGCUCAGUGCUGGAGGAUGAGAACGCUGGCAGAACGUUGACCUCUAUGUCGAUAUAUUUAGUCCACCGUGGGGCAAAGUAUUUACAACAAUUUUGGUGAAAUGCUAAACUAGCCUGUGUUCUUCUCAAACCAUGAACAAUUUUUUACAGGUAUUGCUUUACUCAAUUGCUGGACACAAUGAAAACCUCAGCAAUGUUUUCAUCAGACAGCAAGAAGGUAAUUAAAGAGCUGAUUUGGCCACAAAGGUGGUACAUGGAGCUCAGUCACACCUUCCUACUGACUAAACAUUUUAUAUUCCUUUGGUAGCAAUUAACUUAAGCCGCAGGAAUUUUACUGUGCGACAAAAUGAACACUGGUUCUGCCAGUUUGUAAUGACGUGUUGAGGAAGUAGCCAUGCGUUGUAUCAAUAAACGUCAUUAGAAGUGUGCAGCUGUUUUAAGAUCUUGAACACAUCUAAAUUGCUGUUAUUCAUGUUAAUAAUCGCCAGCAGUCAUGUGAAUGGAGAAACUGUUCCGAGAUCUAAAGGGGACAGGAGGGUCUGACCUUUGAAUCUUCAUCAUCUCAGUGUAAGCCAGAGCUUUGUUGGCUUUAUAAAAGCACAAAUAUCUUCUGUACCAUGUGUCUAUUGCUGUGAUUUUUUUGUUAUUCCCAUAUAAAGAAACAAAUCCUCGGUCCUCUCAGAAUAAUAAACUGUAUUUUUCUUAUAAUCAAUCAUGUCAACUGACAUUGCUUUGAAGCAGGGCUAGUGUGUCAACCUGGUAAAAACUGUGUUUGAUGUUUUAUCUUUAUUUACAUGUUGACCAUGUAAUUGCAAAAAUGUUGAUUGAAUUUACAUUAUGUUGUGAAAAAAAUGUCUCAGGCACUCACCUUAAAAGCUUUUUAAUGUGUAACAAAUGAAAAGAUGCUAAUGAGGUACCUGUAGUGACUUUUUUAUGUGCUCUUGAUGCUAAUUCUCAGGCACACAUGCAUCCCUGCCCAUCAUUGCUCGGUAAAAGGGAUGAUAUCCACAAACACAGCAGCGAAAUGAUGCACCCAUUUGAAAUGUGAAGUGAAAGGCCACUGGUGGCUUUAAAUAAGCAAUAAAUAACCUGCAUAUUGGGGUGACUGGAAUAUAAGUGUUUGUAAUCAUUAAAAUGUUGAUGUUUUAAUUAAGUUAUCAAAGUAAGUUGUUUUUUAGUUGUA